GGAGGGGCGGAGGGGCCGCCAGCAGAGCGCCGCGGCCGCCGGGACGAGCAGAGCAGCGCAGCGCCUGCCCGCGUCCUCCAGCCGCCCCAGCAUGGACCUCCGCGCCCUGGCGCUGCUCGCCUUCGCCCUGGCCGUCAUCUCCCUCUCGGAGGAAAAACCCGUCAGCCUGACUUACCGAUGUCCCUGUCGAUUCUACGAGAGCAACGUGGCAAGAGCCAAUAUUAAGCACCUCAAAAUCCUCUCCACACCCAACUGCUCACUUCAGAUUGUUGCAAGGCUCAAGAGCAACAGCAAGCAAGUGUGCAUUGAUCCCAAGUUAAAGUGGAUCCAGGAGUAUCUGGAGAAAGCUUUAAACAAACCACGUCAUCGCACUCAUAAAAAAAAGCAACAGAAGAAACGGGGCCCACUCUGCCCUUCCCGUGCAACACCACUAAAGUCUCCAGGGAGAAAGAAUGGAGGUUCAAGAUGUAAGAGGCAAGCAUUGUAAGCCGUCUACAGGAUUUCUUACUGUAGGACCCAGAGAGCAGAUAACCAGUAUUAGGGAAUGAAUACAUUUCACUGCUAACAUGCAGCACAAAAGCAACGCUUCACGCAUUUCCAAAGGUUUUUUUCUUGGUUAUUUUUGGUGGGGUUUUAUUUUUGUUUGGUUUUUUUUCCCCUUGCACAAAUUGGCUUGCUUUCACAGUGCUAUUUUUAUAUAGUAAGAUGUAACUAUUUGAGAAAAAUACGAAUUUAUACAGGUUGGUUUAUUACCUAGCACUGGGGGCAGAUACCAAUUUAAACUAACCCUGUUAUUAUAUAAUAUUUUAUUUCCUUUGUUGUGUAGAGGUCCUGUUUAUUUAACUUUCUUUUGGUUCAUGCAAGUCUCCUGGAGUUUUAAACCUAGAAGGACAUGAACUGUACAGUGCAAUGAUGUUGUGUAAGUAGUGGUGGAGCUCCUUGUCUCCAGAAGUCAUAGAGGCCAAGAACAUAGGAAAGCUAAAAAGCAUCAGACUGAUGAAAGUGGACAACAUUAGCCUGAGUGGCAUUUACAGAUAUUUUGGAUGAGCGACUAAACUCAGGGCUACAGGGCUAAAGCCCUUUUCUGAAGAUCAGAAACCUUGCUGACAUCUGUGAGCAGCUGGAUCAAUGCACAUCUGGUGUUGUGAGGUGCUAAUACUCAGUUUGUAGUAGUUGUGUGUGUUAGGAGCCACAGCACUGUUCUGAUGUCAUCUGGCAUUUCCUAUGUUCCUGUGUUUCUGAUGACAAAUCUAGCAAAAAAAGGAAUGGGCUAUUAAAGCCCUAACCACACAGUCGUGUUGCAAGUUGCUGGAGGAGUCAGAUACGCUGCCAUGCACCAGGGAUCUCUUCCCACCCCUCCACAGGAGGUGACUUCAGCUUGCCUGGCUGGCUUUGCACUGAAGUAGGCUGAGAUUCAUUCACCCUUCACCAACGAUGCUGUAGCUUGGCUACUGAACAGUCACACCUGCCUGUGGGCAGUCACAUCCCUGAUUGCCCUGGAGAUACCUGAAGAAGAUGUCUGGCCAUAUCUUGGUGAAAAGAGAUGCCUGGGGCAAGAGAGGGUCUGUGCAGUUUGUGGAAGGAGAGGUGUUUCUCGAGUAUGGAAAUGAAGGCCGACAUUCACAGUUCACCAGUGGUCAUGGCCCUGUUAGCUGUGAGCAGGAUAGCCUCUGGAAUUCCCUUUGCAAACCACAGCCUGGGACAGGCACCACUCCUUGCACCGAUCCCCUCUCUAAGCCAGAAGUUUCUUUCUCCCGAUUCCUUGCUGUAUACACAAUAUCUGCUGUAUGGUAUGGAAAGACACCUGCAGCACUGCAAGAAUCAUGUCAUGCUGUGCACUGAGAUCUGGGGGGAAGCACAUUUGUGCCGCACAAUGCUUGUGUUUGUGUGUAUCUGUGUUUGUAUUGUAAACAAAAUAAUGUUGUAAGAUUGUCUUUUUUGAGCUGGUUGCUUCAAAGGAAUCUUUCCUCUUCCCUGCAGCCUGUGUCAGGAACACUGAGAGGGGUGUUUCACACUACUUUUUGUGGUAGGCUUCUUUAGUGCCAAAGAGGCACUUUGGCUAUCCAGGGACUACAUUAUUUCCAUGUGGAUUCAGGUAAAAAUCUUCUAAGUAUUUUCCUCUCUGCCAAACAGGGCUAUUGCAGAGAGUCCUUCAGCUGGGACCACAUCACCUCAUUUGCUUUAAAGCAGAAACAAACUGCUGUGCCUAAAAUAUUUGUGUUUGUGAUUUUGACAUUCCUUGUCUUGUUAUCAUUACCUGCCUGGUGCUUUAAGUAUACUGUGUCUCUGCUUUAAAAGGUCUGGUACCACUGUACUUCAUGAGAAUUGGAGUUUUGAUUUAAAAUUAGUAGGAUCAGAUCCUCUCCUGAAAGGGUAAAGAAAGAAAGAAAGAAAUUUUAUGAGGAAAACAGUAUCUCCUAUCUUCCCUGGAUUGUAUUUUAUAUCCUAGGGUCCAUCCCCUGUGCCACACAUGCACCUGCAUUUGCCAGUGGUUUGCCAGAGGUGGGCAUGUGGGUGUCCAAGCCAAGAAUUACUGCAGAAAAAGUCACCCAGGAAAGUGCGUUCUUCACACAUAAUUGGUAUCAAAGGACAGCCUGAGCUCUGAUUGAUUCCCAUUGCAGUAAAUGCAGAAAUAAAUAAUCCUCUGAUUUUGAUUCAGCAGCAUACCUGGCUCGUGAUGCUAGGGGCCAUGGCCAUUUUGUUUCCAGGGGAAACAUUGGCAUUCUGGUGAGAAGGUGGGGUGAGUAAAUGUGACUGCACAGCCUUGCCAGUGCUCUGGGACAGUCCUCCUUAACAGGGAGUGCAUCUGGGGUCAGCACCAGCAGGGACAGGUCCCUGGGAACAUGCCAACCCCACAUUACAGCCUGAGCAAACACUGCUGUGACAGGCACUGAGAUGGGCAGUGCUGGAGCACCCCGGCCAAGCCACUCAGGGCAUGGGGCUCCUCUCAGGGGCCAGCACUGUGAUCCUCCCUCACCUGGGUAAGGUUGAGCACAGCAUGAAUGCAGAGGUGGCACAGAUGUGGCCAGAGACUUAAGUGAGAACCUGAUAAAAGCUUUCUCUUGCUUUGGACCAAAAUUCAACCUUGAGUGGGAAGCUUUGCUGUUUGCCUGACAUUAUUUGCAUGAUGCACUGGGGAGUGCAGCCACGGCCUUUGCACCAGAGAAACUGGUCACUGGGCUGCCCCAGUGCACCACAUGUUGUUUGUCCCGUUCAUGGCACGACCAGAGCAGGCUGGGAAGCAGCACUGGCAGCAUCUCACUUGGGGACAGCACUUGGUUUUCCCUGCUGCCUUUAACUGUUGACCAAAGACAGAGUGAGGGAAAGGAAGUUUGAGAAGAUGGGAGUGAAGUAGGGACCACAUGUGAAGAGGAGGGAAAAGAGAACACUGAACCAUGCUGAAAAAGCAGCUUCCAUAAAUGUGAAAUCAUCACGUGGGUAUUUUCAAAGUGCAGCUGUCAAAUCCCAAGGUUGGAUUAUUUUUUAAGAGUAGAUGGUAUUUAUUGCUGUGUCAAUUUCUAUUUAUACUAGCUUUAUACUUUUAUGUAUGAAUAUCUUAUAUGAAUUCUGCCUGAGGAAGAAUGAAGGGUGAUUUGAUGUGUUUUUGAUUAAGGUGUUUGAAAAAAGGUGACUGUUUAUUUUGCAAUGAAAGCUUUUUUCAAAGUUAAGUAUACACAUUUUAUUGAAAAUGCAGUUCCUAUAGAAGUUUUUGUUGUUUUUCUUUUAUUAGCCUCUAGAAGGUCCUUCUUUUCUCUGGAAAAUUCUUUUGAGUGAUGUGAUUUAUAGAAGUCAAGGUUUUUUGUGAACUCAUCACCUAAAAUCUGAUUAUUUUUUCUUUAUCAACAUCCCACCAAGAUAAUCCUUGUCUGAAAACAUGAAACUUUGGUGGCCACAGAGAAGAAAACAUGUAUCAUGAUGAAAGGACUGCAUGAACCUCCCAUCUUCCAUUCCUUAAGAACUCUGUGUUGUCAAAAUGUGGUAAAUACUGUACUUUAUAUUUUUAUUAAGUAAAAAGAAGUAUCUUCCCAAAUAAUGUGAAAAGGGUUUUGUAAUUGUGUUCCUGUAAGGCAGCUUUUAUGGAGGAGUUAUAUUAUGCUUUUGAAAUUACUCCUUUCAUAGAAAAUUUUGAAAAUAAACACUUUUAUAUUGUUGUAAUUUCUCACAUAAAUGUGUAUGCACUUAAAAUUUUCUUAAUAAAAAUGUCUGUCUGAAUAAA